AAUGAAGGCACUGAAGCCCCUCCUUUCGACUCAACACCAGCUCCGGCGCAGACUACAGAUUUACCACCAACUGUAUUUCCGACAUCGACAACAAAAUCACCAUCAGCAGCAUCAACACCAAGCACUGAGGCGCCAUCGUUAGAAUCAACAUCGGCAUCAAAUCCUCCAGCAAAAUCGACACCAGAAUCGACGCCCGGACCAACUCGUCCACCAACAAGCACGACCACGACCAAUACGACAGCAGUUCCUCCAAAACCUGGCGACUGCGUGAUCACUGGAGACCCUCACUACAUCACGUUCGACAAGACGACGCACCACUUCAUGGGCGAGUGCACCUACACGGCAGCCGUCCCGUGCAACCAGAGCUCCACCCUGCCGCACUUCAACGUGGAGACAACAAAUGAGUUCCGGGGCGGCAGCACGGCCGUGUCUUACGUCAAGGACGUCCACGUGGAUGUCUACGGCCACAGGUUCACCUUGGCCAAAGGACGCCGGGUGCUGGUGGAUGGGCUGCGUGUGACUCCACCAUUCUUCAUGUCCGGGGUGUACAUCCAACUGAGUGGAUCCUACGUUGUGCUCGAGACCGAUUUCAAUCUGGUUGUUCGGUUUGAUGGGAACCACCAUGUGGAGAUAGUCGUGCCCGGAGAAUACGCGGGGCAACUGUGCGGCAUCUGCGGGAACUUUAAUGGAGAUGGCUCAGAUGACAAUCUGAAGCCUGAUGGGUCAGCAGCGGCCUCAUCAAACGAGCUGGGAAACAGCUGGAGAGUGUUCAACAGCUCCGAUGAUGAGUGAGGAUCCGUUCUUCUCAGUUAUCUCUAUGCGUGACUGCUAAUUACAACAGUAUCAUCCAAAAGCCUUUGUGAAAUUACGCGUGGAAAGCAUUGGUAUUGAAAAGGAAUUAGAUCUUCAGAUCGAAAAAAAAGUGUCAGAAUGAGCCACACAGUCACA